AUGUUUCAAACAGAAGCUCUUAUUGAUACAUCAAUUUUGCCAUCUGAUAUCAUGUCAUUACGUGACGUUAAAUUUUUUGAUUUUGUUCGAAAAGAAGCUGGCGAUGCUGCUGUUGAUCUUUUUGAAAUUCAAAUUAUCAAUUGUGUUAAAUCUUUGUUGAUGACGGCUGAUGUUUAUUGUAUUAUGAAUUUGAAAAGCAAAGCUUUAGAUUGUUUUAAAAAUAAACAUGGUUUUAUGCUUGAUGAUGAUACAUUCAUUAUAAAAACUGGUAUAAAAGGAAAUGUGGACUAUCUUAUUGAUUUAUUAAAACAAAAAAGUACUGAUGAUGCAAAGUUAACAAAAUUUUCAAAACGUAAUCAAUCAUCGUCACCAUUAGAUAGAACCAUAAACACAUCCUCAACUACCACAGAAUCAACAAUGGCGAUUUUAUCGAGUAAUUCAUCAAACGUUGUCACAUCAAAAUUUUUAAACUCAUCACUCGAUGAACAUAAAUCUUAUAUAAAUAUUAUUGAACAAUUGGUGUAA